CUUAUACAUUCAUAGUUCAAAUGUCGACAUUGAAAGCAAGAUAUAGUUCAAACACUGCCAACGAGGUGAUUGAAGUACCUUUGGAUAACAGCAAACCUUUAACGGAAUCUAUCAUUAACUUACAAAACCGCGUGAAUGAGGUUUUAACAAAAGUUUUGGAAGAAGAAAAACAAGCCAAAAAAACCGCUACGGCAGUAUCCACAGUAGAACAGGAUGCUAAGGAGGAGGAAUUGAAAGAAAUGAAUGCCGAAGAAGAAGAUACAGAUUCACCUAUGGCUGUAGAUAGACCUGAAGUGGAAGAUAAACAAAGUGUCAAAAAACAAAAGACGGAUGUAUAGUUAAAAAUAAAGUGUUCUCUAUUUUUAUUGCAA